CUUCAGAAAUCCAGCACGAUGCAAUUAAGAUUCUCAGCUAUUUUCUUUUUCUCACUGGGUUUGUCAUUUUGUGUGACAAUUCCUAUUCCCCUUGAAGAUAGCCAUGAAUUCACAGAGGAAGAUCUUCAGUUUGCAGAGCGCUAUCUCAGGACUCACUAUGAUCUCCGUCCAAAUCCUGCUCGCGUAAUGAGAAAGAGUGCCAACACCGUGGCAUCUAAACUUCGAGAAAUGCAAGCUUUUUUUGGCCUGGAGGUGACAGGAAAAUUAAAUGAAGAAACAUAUGAGCUGAUGCAGCAACCAAGAUGUGGUGUCCCAGAUGUGGGGGAAUAUAACUUUUUCCCUAGAAAACUCAAGUGGUCAAAAACUAAUUUGACAUACAGAAUUAUGAAUUACACUCCAGAUCUGAGCCGCGCUGAAGUAGACAGAGCUUUCAAAAAAGCCUUCAAAGUUUGGUCUGAUGUGACACCGCUUAACUUUACUAGAAUACGGAGUGGAACUGCUGAUAUCAUGAUCUCCUUCGGGACUAAAGAACAUGGUGACUUUUACCCUUUUGAUGGACCUUCUGGCUUACUGGCACAUGCUUUCCCUCCUGGUCCAGACUAUGGAGGAGAUGCCCAUUUUGAUGAUGAUGAAACUUGGUCAGAUGAUUCUAAAGGGUAUAACUUGUUUCUUGUUGCUGCCCAUGAAUUUGGCCAUUCACUGGGGCUUGAACACUCCAGAGACCCUGGAGCUCUGAUGUUUCCUAUUUACACAUAUACUGGGAAAACUGGUUUUGUGCUUCCUGAUGAUGAUGUACAAGGGAUCCAAGAACUCUAUGGUGCUGGAGACAGAGAUCCAAACCCCAAACAUCCAAAAACACCAGAGAAAUGUGAUGCAGAAUUGUCUCUGGAUGCAAUAACAGAACUUCGUGGAGAAAUGCUGAUCUUCAAAGACAGGUUUUUCUGGCGACUGCACCCUCAGAUGGUUGAUGCAGAACUGGUACUACUUAAAUCAUUUUGGCCAGAGCUUCCAAAUAAAAUUGAUGCAGCUUAUGAAAACCCCAUCAAAGAUCUUGUGUUCAUGUUUAAGGGAAAGAAAGUCUGGGCUAUGAAUGGCUAUGAUAUAAUUGAAGGCUUUCCUAAAAAGGUAUAUGAAAUGGGGUUCCCUAAAGAAAUGAAAAGAAUAGAUGCAGCUGUCCAUAUUAAAGACACUGGCAAGACUCUCUUUUUUACCGGAAAUAAGUACUGGAGUUAUGAUGAAGAGAAAGAGGUUAUGGAAACGGGCUACCCCAGACUGAUAGAGGAAGAAUUCCCAGGAAUUGGUGACAGAGUGGAUGCAGUCUAUCAAAGAAACGGUUAUUUCUACUUUUUCAAUGGACCAUUGCAGUUUGAAUACAGCAUCUGGAGCAAAAGAAUUGUCCGUGUCCUGCAUACUAAUUCCAUAUUUUGGUGCUAAUUACCCUUGAGGGCCAUGUUAUAGGCUGUGGAGCGGCUUGUAGUACAUGGAGAUGACAAUAUGGAAACAGAGGUUUAUUAGAGGAAAAGAAGGUUCUGUGAAUAAGCACUGGCUAACAACCACCAAAUGUAUACUGUAUAUAGGGAACUAUAUAUCUGUAUGUCAGUCUGGAACUGAAUUAACUUAAUAGGAAAGGAAAAGAGAAAUGAUUAGCAUUUCAAGGGGCAUUACACCAUUUAAAGUUCAUCUAGCAUUAAAGCUGGAUUCCUCUGUGAGAUGCUGAAUGCAUCCUACAUGAUCACAAGCACUAUUAAUUCCCAGUAAUCU